AUGAGCGAUGAACCACGAGAACCACCUCAACCUUCCUUGAGUAAUGAGGGCCACAAGUCAGAUAGAAAACAAAUAGAUAAAAAGGAGAGUCCAUCUGUAAGAAGCAGACGACCCCGACCGGGAUUUUCUGAUUCGUUUUCUAGUAUUGACUUGGCAUCUUUAGAGAUUGAGGAAGGAAACCAAUCUGAGUAUUCUCCUAGAAGUCAAGAAUCUGAUACACCAAGUUCAAGGGCAAGCACUUCUGAUUCUGAGGGAGGUUUAAGAGGCAAUCUUAAUAAUAAUCAGUGGCGCGGUUUCUUUAAAUUGCUAAAGAAAGGAUCACAAAUGCCAUUUCAAACCUUUCAUCCGUUGAAAAAUGUUCCAAAACUUACUAGAAGAAAAAGCAAAAGAAUUAGGGAGGAUCUCAUCCCAUCUCUGAAUUCACCGGCUCUUCAGUCUUCUUUUGAUGCCGAGUUUUGCUGCUUCAAAUCUUCAUGGAAGAAUUUUUCUCUCGCUGAGAUUCAAGCCGCGACCGAUGACUUUAGCCAUGAUAAUUUGAUUGGGGAGGGAGGCUAUGCUGAGGUAUACUUAGGGAAGUUGGAAGAUGGAAACUUUGUUGCCAUUAAACGGUUGACAAGAGGUUGCCAGGAAGAAAUGACUGCAGAUUUCUUGUCUGAGCUUGGCAUUAUAGUGCAUGUGGAUCACCCCAAUAUUGCUAGAUUGAUUGGAUAUGGUGUUGAAGGUGGAAUGUUUCUUGUUCUUCAAUUGUCUCCUCAUGGAAGCUUGUCAUCCAUACUUUACGGACCUAGAGAGAAACUGAAUUGGAGCCUUAGAUUUAAGAUUAUUUUGGGGACUGCUGAGGGUCUUCGCUAUCUGCAUGAAGGAUGUCAAAGAAGGAUUAUUCACAAAGAUAUCAAAGCUUCUAACAUUCUUCUCUCAGAGGAUUUUGAGCCUCAGAUAUCUGAUUUUGGGCUCGCGAAGUGGUUACCUGAUCAAUGGACUCACCAUACCGUCUCCAAAGUGGAAGGCACAUUUGGCUAUCUUCCUCCUGAAUUCUUCAUGCAUGGUAUAGUAGAUGAAAAAACUGAUGUAUAUGCUUAUGGUGUGCUAUUAUUGGAGCUCAUUACCGGGCGACAAGCUUUGGAUAGUUCACAAAAAAGUCUGGUGAUGUGGGCAAAACCUUUGCUAUCUAGUAAUAACAUCAAAGAGCUCGUUGAUCCAAUUUUAGGCGAUGCUUAUGAUGAAGAACAGAUGAAACUUGUAGUCUUAAAUGCUUCUAUGUGUAUAGACCAGUCCUCAAUACAACGACCGCAAAUGAGUCAGGUCUUACGGAUACUAAGAGGAGAAGAAGAGAGCUUGAAAAUGUUGAAAGAAAGACAGAAGUCUAAACUUCAUAGAACAUACUCUGAAGAACUAUAUGAUGCAGAAGACUAUAACUCGACAAAGUUUUUGAGCGACCGUGAUCGACAUAUGGAGACUAUUUUAGGCACCAGCAAUCCAAAUUAG